AUGCUGAAAUAGAGGAAAUGUAGUGACGGUGAUUAUGAAUGUCAACAACAUGGCUAUUCUUACCCAACGAUGUUUACUAACAACAUCCGUGUCCUGCAACACGGAAAAUUUGUUACCAAUAUAUAGACAAUGUUAAUGUCAUCCAUACAACUUAAAUUCUUCGGACAGUCAACUCCUUUUAUGCAUUUAUUAGCUAAACUGUUUCAGGUAGUCCAGAUUCCGAUAGUUAAGUACGAUAUAUUUAAACAAAAUAACGUUGUUGUUGUUCUGUUGUGUCUGGGGAGAGUCAUUUUCUUGUCGUGCCUUAUUGUUGUUGUUGUUGGCACUCCGUCGCUUACGACGUCGAGAGUUCCAGUUGAUCCGAUCAACGGAACAGCCUGCUCGUGAAAUUAACGUGCCAGCGGCUGAGCACUCCACAGACACGUGUACCCUUAACGUAGUUCUCGGGGAUGUUCAGCGUGACAAGGCUGGCCCUUUGAAAUACAGGUACAACAGAAACAGGAAAAAAGAGUGAGAGAAAGUUGUGGUGGAAGAGUACAGCAGGGUUCGCCACCAUCCCCUGCCGGAGCCUCGUGGAGCUUUAGGUGUUUUCGUUCAAUAAACACUCACAACGCUCAGUAUGGGAAUUGAAACCGCGAUCCUAUGACCGCGAGUCCGCUGCCCUAACCACUGGGCCAUUGCGCCUCCACAAACAAAUAACGAAUCACCUUAGAAAGAGCUGUCACAUCAACCUUGAAUCACACCGAACUGUCUUAAAAGAAGGAAGGAUACAUGAUAUGAUGUGCUAGAUAUACUGUAUCUGAAGAAUAUACGAAAUAGUCACGUCUGGAAAGUUUUGGAUCACAGGCUUGCACUAUCAGAUCGAGAGCAAAACAACAACAAUCUUAGUUGGUUAAAGUACCACUCGAUUAAAUCGCAAUCAAACUAUGUUGUAACUUCACCCUGAAAUUACUGAUGUCCUUGUGAAAAAGCUUGAAUACCACUCAAUCACAUCUCCGUAAAACCUGAAGUCUUCUUCUAGCAGAAUACUCAACAGCAACGCAGUUUACAGUCUCGGUUAAGUUCUCGCGUGACUUUUCCUCGGUUCUGAUUGGCUAUUAUCAAAUGUGUGGCGAGUUUGAAAACUUAAACAUUUAUUUGUCCCUCUCAUCACAAGUUACUGGACUCUAAUUUACCUGUGUGUACAUAGACUAUCCAUCACUGCAGUGACUAACAAUGUCACGCUAUCAAGAACUUGAAGGAUUAUUCCUGCUGAAGGAUACUAUUGGCUCUGGUGGGUUUGGUAAAGUAAAACUAGCCACCCAUCUCCUAACUGGAGAAAAAGUUGCCAUCAAAAUAAUGAACAAGCAAGCUCUAGGGGAAAACAUUUUACUGGAUGAACAUCACAAUGUUAAAAUCAUUGACUUUGGGCUUUGUGCUAAACCUAAGUUCAAAGGCUAUGCUCACCGAGAUCUGAAGCCAGAAAACAUUUUACUGGAUGAACAUCACAAUGUUAAAAUCAUUGACUUUGGGCUUUGUGCUAAACCUAAGGGUGGAAUGGAUCACCACUUGUACACACCUUGUGGUAGUGCUGCAUAUGCGGCACCGGAAUUAGUCUCUGGCAAGGAAUAUCUUGGAGAUAUGGCUGAUGUGUGGAGUAUGGGGGUUCUACUGUAUGCAUUGCUGUGUGGUUAUCUUCCUUUUGACGAUGACAGCAUAACAGUGUUAUGCAAAAAGAUCAAUGCUGGGAAAUAUUCUGUGCCACCAUGGUUGUCUCCAGAAAGUAUAGAAAUUAUCGACCAGUUACUUCAAGUAAAUCCAAUGCGCAGAAUCUCCAUGCGGCAUCUGCUUAACCAUCCAUGGGUGUGUCAAGAUGGGAAACCAGUGAUUUGGAAGCCACAAAGUCAGGAGAUAGAUGAAGAUUGUCUUAUUGAACUUGCUGUCUUCAAAGGUACCUCUCGAAGCAGAAUGAUAAAUAUGAUCACAGAGUGGAAAUACGAUUACUUGACAUGUACAUAUUUCCUUCUCCUUGAGAAAAAGAAGAAAGGCUUGCUUCUCCGCCUGUAUGAUGCCCGACCCUUGCUUCUACCUUUACAACCAAAGUGUCUAAGAGACUUAGUUCUGAAUAGUUCAGCUAACCAGCCAAAACUGUCAGUUAUGAAUGUGUCUUCUUUGCAUCAAACAUUGACCAGUGAAGCAAUGAAACCUUCACACUUGAAGUAUUACUUUAAUGCAAAGCAUUCUGAGAAGAAGGACAAGCUGUUAUCAUACUUUUUGCAACUGAGCUCCUCUUUCAAAAACCAAACACAAACAUUCAACACUCUACUCCAGGAAACUAUGGACAAUACUUUUGCUGUCCCACUCUCUGCUGCACCAACUCCACGUUCACGAAAAUGCAAAUCAGUAAAGCCAACACGUCGCAGUCGGUCACCUUUGAUGGGUCGACAACUACAACAGUUGGUAGAAGGGAAAGACUCUACCACUCCUUCAGCUAAAUCUGGAACCCAGGUUUUGUCUCCUUCACGCUCUGUUGAUUCUCAGCUUAAUAAUUUGAACUUGAUAUCACCAGCAUCAGAAUUUCACAAAGCAACAUCUUUGGACACAGAUCUACAUCAUAGUGGAUUUGAUCGCAAUUCUGAGAGGAAGUCCUUCAGAAAGAAUGGUAUGUUCGGCAGUUUGGAAAAAGUCUUCAAGAUGUUCAGUCCCAGGGGCAAAUAUAUUGGAGCAGGGCCUCGUAAAGUAAAGACGAUUCACAAUGUGUUCAGAACAGAGCAGUAUAGUCCUGAAUUAGUGUUGUCUAAAUUAAAGGAUGCAAUACAUAAGAAAUAUAUAGGCCUCAAUCAGUCAGAGUAUGUACUUCGAUGUUAUGUAUCUGAUGAUAAAGGGAAAGUGAAACUUGCUUUCAAUUUGGAGGUUUGUGCUAUGCCAAAAUUGCCUUUUGUUGGCAUUAGGUGCAAAAGAGUAAAAGGUGACACAUGGCAGUAUAAGAAGUUUUGUGAAGAUAUAAUUAAAUCAUCAGACAUAUAGUGUUGGAAGGAAUUUUGAAACUGGUACCUGUUUCCUGUUGAGUUCUCUAUUGGUCCCCAAGGCACCAAUUUCAUCUGUGCCAUUUAUUCCUUGCUGUUUGUGUGUGCCCCUAACACUCAGUAUCUAUAACAGUAGUGCUAAUGUUGACUACUGUUUCUUCAAUAGUCUAUUGUAUUGGAACUAUUUACUGCUGCUUCCUCAGUUGUUAAACUUCAGCAUAUAUUAUUCACUGGUAAUUCUUAUUACUGCAUGUGUUUAUCAGCUUCAUAGACACUUUAUUGUGAUGAUGACAUUCAUUGUCUGUCUCAGACACUCAUUCUUUUAAUACCUCCACCAUUGAACCUUUUCAUUGGAGCUGUUUCCAUUUUAACCAAUUCUCAAUACCUGAUUGUUAUACUGGAGCUAGUUGAUAUUGCUGCCACUAAUGUUAUUCAACCAAGACAUAGCAAACUGUUGCUGCUCUCUGUGAUUAGCCUCCUGGUAUUUUUAGCAUUUGGAGCCAAUCUUAAAAUUUGUCCCUACUAUCAUUCUCAGAGUGAAUGUGUUCCAUAAUAUUCCAUUCUAGAGUCCAUCUGAUGUUUUUCCUUUCCGGUUUGUUUCUCCAUUUCAACACCCAUUCAAUUUGAUCAUACAAGUGAUGUAUGAAAUAUAUAUUGUAAACUGCCAGUAGCCCCAAAGAUCUUGUAGGUUCCAGCAUUUUAUAUUUUAUUGUGUAUUUGGGUAGCAGCACACCUAAUUUUACAUUGCCACAGUUCACCUAACCUGUGACUUAACUGGCAACUUUACCAGGGAGGAUAUUUUCAUUUUUCAUCUACCUAACACUGGAAACUGGAAAUUAAGCACAGUGAUUUCUUAAAAAACAUGUUGGAGAGUCUUUGAAGAAAUUUACAUUAUCAUAGAAGAUAUAAUUGAUAAGCUUCUUAUAACUGAAAAUAGGUAUUAAAUUAUUUGCUUUAAAAAUAUUUUAAAGAAAUUAUCACAGUUGCAGUUGACUUUGGUACAAAGAGGGUAUAAUGUUGUAUUAAAUAACAAUAAUGUGUAAAGUCAUGUAUGACCUGUGUUCUAAUCCCAUCCAUGUCAACUUCAACUUUUAUUUCAUUUGGAUAACUUGUUUUUAUGUUUUUCAUCUAUUUUAUUAUUUUUUUUUUGCAUUUUUACAAGUUGAAGUUGCACCAGAACUGAGAUAGAUAACAGCAGUGAAGUGUAUGUAUGUGAUAUUCUAUAGGGCUCACACAUACAUGCACGUAUGUACACUUACUGUCAUGGCCAACUUCAUGUUCAUUCCUCAGACUUCAAUGAAAAAUAAAAUUCAAAAUAUCUAAAGCAAAAUGGAAAGCAACAUUUGACAUGUCUUGCUUUAGGUUUAGGGUAUUAUUUUGCUUUUGAUGAUCAUCAUAAUAAAAAUAAUAGGUGUAGGGACAGUAUUUGACACCUUGAGUAUUAUUUUCACACUGACAUUAUCUUGAUGAUGAUAAUAAUAAUAAUAGUAGUAAUGAUAGUAGUAGUAGUAGUAGUAAUAAUGGAGGUGUUAGUAGUAACAGUGAUAGUGAUGGUAUAUGGUGGCAAACUGUUUUUAUAUAUACUUCUAUAUGAGCAGGCUUUCAUAUUUGCAUGUGUGCAAAUAGUUUGCUUUUUAAUCGGCAUUUUCAUUAAGACAGCUGUGUUUGUAUCUAAAGUUGUUGGUAGCAUGUGUUUAAUAAUGAAUGCAUGUGCGUGACUUGUAUGACAUAACUGGUUGAAUAUGAAAUAUAUGUGUGUAUACAUGCACACAUAUAUAUGUAGCUCUGUGUGUGUUUGCACACGCAUUUAGUAAAAAAAAAAAAUUGUUGUACAAGUUUAUACUUAUAUAAACUUGUAUUUUUAUCUAUCUGGCUCUCUAUUUAUCCACGUGUCUGUUUGUCUGUCCACCUGUUUGUACCUGUCAUCCCUCUCUGCACACACACACACACACACACACACAUAUAUAUAUAUAUAUAUAUAUAUAUAUAUAUUACUGUCAUUAUCAUCACUCAUGACUCCUCUAUUAAUAGAUUCAUUCAUGUUGUAGUUGUGAGUUGAACUAGUUCUUAUCAGUUAUCCAGUGUAAAGAAGAGCUUAUAUAUAUAAAUAUAUAAAGGAAUGCACACACACUGAAAAUGGAGUCGGUCAUCAGGUUCAAGCAAUAAACUCUACAAUAGGUAUUGAAUACUCUUUCUCCCAUUAGAACAACCAAGCAUAUAUAUAUAUAUAUAUUGUGCUUUAUAGUUAUGGUAGAAUCUAUUUAUUCAUUUAAAACUGAUAAAUGUUUCUCCAUGCACUAUUCUGAAUCUCCCACCAUAAAGAUAGGAAACAAAGUAAAUCUUCAGCUUCAGUUGAAGAAAUAACUGUGUGUAUGUGUACACACAUACACGUGCACACACACACACACACACAUGGGUUUGGUGAUACAUACAGGAAAAUAGAACUCAAAAUAUGAGCAUGUAUAUAUUUUCUAUUUAAUUAACAGGUGUUGCAGAGUGAUUCAAGGGUCACUUUUGUGUAUUGGCAUGCAUGUGUACGCACAAGUGUGUGUGUAU